AUGGGGAGCCACACCACACGCUCACUCUCCAGUCUCCAAGCUCACCACCCGCCAUUGCUAGCUUCUCUAGCUGAGACGCAUGCACAUACCGAGCGCAAGCCAUGCCACGCCCAGUUUAAAGUAAAGCAGCCGCCGCCUAGCUCAUCAUCAGCGUCAAUUAAGGAUCGAGGAACACAACCACCGUAUUACAUACCGUCAUCAUCCGCAGCAGCGAGCAAUGCCGAAGAAUUCCUUCGCCGGCGGCUGCGAGAUCCAAGCCAGCGGCAUCAACUACCGCAUCACCGUCUCCAGCCGACCACACCCUCCUCUCAAGGUCUAGAGCAGGUCAGACGACGACGUCCAUGUCCAAGACCACCAGGACCACCACAGCGUCCGCCAUGUGCUCAGGGACGUCUCCUGCCGCGUGCGCCCCGCACGACCUCCUCCUCGACGGCGCCGCCGCCCACAGCGCCGACCUCCGCCGUGUCUCCGGCUACGUCACCCAACAGGACGUACUCUUCCCGCUGCUCACCGUGCGCGAGACGCUGCUCUUCAGCGCGCGCCUACCGGCAACAGCAACGCCGCCUCCAAGAAGCGCCCUCGGGGAACCGCGCCGCCGUCAGGAAGUACGGUGAGAAGAAGAAGGCCCACACCGCGUCGCUGGAGGAGGAGGUGGUCCACCUCCGGGCGCUCAACCAGCAGCUCAUGAAGAAGCUCCAGAGCCACGCCGCGCUAGCUCGAGGCCGAGGUGGCCAGGCUUCGCUGCCUGCUCGUCGACAUCAGGGAUAG